AUGAGAAAUAUCGCAGCGUGUUAUAGUGAACACGCGAUCAAAGUAUCGGAUUCGUAUUGUUCAGGUCCUUCAAAUCAGGCUUAUUCUUCAACAAAUUUAAUCCCUUCAAUCAAAAAUGCAGUGACAUGUAUUUACAAAGUCAAACUCUCAACUUUGAAGCAGGUCAUGAUCAAACUCUCAUGGUGCAAUCUGUUAGGCCAAGGCUUCUCUAUUGGUAUUUCUGAUUAUCCUUUUAGCCCUUCCAAACUCAGUAAAAACUCGCUGCUUUUAAGCAAAGUCAAAGGUGCAAAAACUUUUGAAUCCUGCGAUUCAAGGAUUGAAGUCUUUUGGGAUAUCUCUUGUGCUCGAUAUGACAUUGGACCCGAGCCUGUCAAUGGAUUUUAUGUUAUGGUUUUGGUCAACUCGGAACUAUGUUUACUUCUUGGGGAUAUGGAACAAGGAUUCGAGGUCAAGAAACGAAUCGUUGAUGUCCAUGUGGCACGAUUUUCACUUGUGUCGCGCAGUGAACAUUUCUCAGGUAACGCCGUGUACUCCACCAAGGCUAAAUUUUGUGACGCGGGCACGAUGCAUGACAUUUUGAUCAAGUGCUUGGAAAAAGAAAAGGGAUUAAAGAAUCUUGAAUUGUCUGUUUAUAUUGAUAAGAAGAAUGUAAUUCAAGUAAAGAGAUUGCAAUGGAAUUUUCGCGGAAAUCAUACGAUUUUUGUCGAUGGAUUAUUGGUGGAUAUGAUGUGGGAUGUUCAUGAUUGGCUUUUUAAUUCAUCAUCCGGAUAUGCUGUGUUCAUGCUUAGGACAAGAAGUGAAUUGGAUAGCAGGUUGUGGUUAGAGGAGAAAAUUUUGGAGCAAAAAGAAGACGAAAAGGUUGCAUUUUCUUUGUUGAUUUGUGCCAGUAAGAAUCCAAAUUAA